AUGGCCUAUGACACGAUCAUCGUCGAGAAGCGCGGUGAAGCCGGUUUGAUCACGCUGAACCGGCCAAAGGCCAUGAACGCGCUCAACAAGGCGCUGCUGGACGAGAUGAUCGACGCUCUUGCGGCGAUGCGCGACGAUGCCAAGAUCGGCGCCGUGGUGAUCACCGGCUCGCAAAAGGCGUUCGCCGCCGGCGCCGACAUCAAGGAGAUGUCGGAGUUCGCGUUCGCAAGCGCCUACAUGCACGAUGCGCUGGGCGGCUGGGAAACCGUGGCCGGGUUUCCCAAGCCGAUGAUCGCUGCCGUCAGCGGCUAUGCGCUGGGCGGCGGGUGCGAGCUGGCGGCCAUGUGCGAUUUCAUCAUCGCCGGCGAGAGCGCCAAGUUCGGACAGCCGGAAGUCACGCUCGGCAUCAUGCCGGGCAUGGGCGGCACACAGCGUCUGGCCCGCUCGAUCGGCAAGGCCAAGACGAUGGAUCUGUGCCUGACGGGCCGGAUGAUGGACGCCGAGGAGGCCGAACGGUGCGGGCUCGUGGCGCGGAUCGUACCGGACACGGAGUUGAUCGAGGAAGCCAUCAGCGCCGCGCAGAAGAUCGCCAGCUUCUCAUUGCCUUCGGUGAUGAUGGCCAAGGAGACCAUCAACCAGGCGUUCGAGACGGGCCUCGCCGAAGGGCUGCGGUUCGAAAGGCGGCUGUUUCACGCCAUGUUCGCCCUCGAGGACCAGAGCGAGGGCAUGGCCGCGUUCAUCGACAAGCGCACGCCGAGUUUCCGCAACCGGUGA